UGAGUUUAUUCUCGAAAAAGUGUCCGUCUUUACAAAAAAACACAUGAAUGCGUUGAUAAUGCAGCUCAAUUCAUUGAUAAUGGAUACAAUUCUUGAACCUUUUCUUUCUCGAGGGCGGAGAAAAAGGAGCCAACCUUAUACACAGAAAGCAAAACGCUGGCCAGGAGACAAUGACACCACCUCGUCUUCUAGUGAACAAUCUUGAUUCUUGCCUCUGAUAAAAAUGCCAAACUCACAGUUCUACCAUCUUAUGCAUGGUAUAAGGAAACCACAACCAGUCACUUUCACCACUUAGAUUCCUUGCAAAAGUCGAGUAUAUUCGGAAAUUUGCCGUCGUGAAGGAUGGGUUGUGUUCAGGCUACGGGGUACGUGUACAGGUCACAAAAGGAUCUAGAUAAGUUGAAACUUGACAAUGAAUACUUUCAAGGACGUGAUGCCAAGAAACAGGAUCCCAAUAAGGCAUCUCGGCCCAAAGUGGAGGUUAAGAAUGUGGUUGCAACCGCCAGUGGUGGUGGACGGGAGAGAAAGAUCAGUAGAGAAGGCGAGAGAGGAAUCAAUGGCGGUGGAAAUGUUUCCCAGAGGAUUUCAGUCAAAAAAAUUCCUGUAGAUGCACAUGUUGGUGGAUGGCCUAAAUGGCUUGUUGAUCAUGUUCCCAGAGAUAUUUUGGCCGGUUUGGUUCUUACUACUGCUGAUUCAUACGAUAAGCUUGCCAAGAUUGGCCACGGAACGUAUAGUAAUGUGUAUAAGGCUCGUGACAAGUCCACAGGGAAGGUAGUUGCCUUAAAGAAAGUUCGUUUCGAUACAUCAGAGCCUGAAAGUGUAAAAUUUAUGGCAAGAGAGAUCAUAAUGUUGAGGCACCUUGACCAUCCGAAUAUUAUCAAGCUCGAAGGAAUUGCCACUUCAAGAAUGCAAUACAGUCUUUAUUUAGUAUUCGAUUUUAUGCCAUCAGAUUUAACCAAAGUCAUCUCACGUUCAGAAGGAAGGCUUGCUGCACCUCAGGUCAAGUGUUAUAUGCAGCAGCUGCUCUCAGGUCUUCAGCACUGCCACGAAAGGGGAAUUUUGCACCGGGACAUAAAAGGAUCCAAUUUGUUGAUUGACAGGAAUGGGAUGCUUAAGAUUGCUGAUUUUGGGCUAGCUAAUUUUUACCAGAACAAAGCAAAACCCACUCUCACGAGCCGAGUUGUAACAUUAUGGUAUAGAGCCCCAGAACUAUUACUAGGCUCGACAGAUUAUGGAGUCGGGAUUGAUCUGUGGAGUGCAGGAUGCCUUUUAGCAGAGAUGUUUGAGAGACGACCAAUUAUGCCGGGCAGGAAUGAGAUUGAGCAGCUUCAUAAGAUAUUCAAGCUUUGUGGUUCGCCCCCGGAGCACUAUUGGAGAAAAAUGAAGCCACCAACAACAUUCCGCCCUCCACAACAUUAUAAAUCAUGUUUCCAGGAAACCUUUCCAAAUUUCCCUGAUUCAGCAUUUGGUCUUUUGGGCAGACUUUUAGCUUUGGAUCCUGCAUAUCGUGGCACUGCUGCUUCUGCUCUUGAAAAUGAGUUCUUUUGUACAAUUCCACUGGCAUGUGAUCUCUCCGGUCUGCCUGUCAUAAGCACUAUAGAGGAUGAGACUAUCCAUUCUAACGAUAGAAGAAGAACUGCAAAAGCACAGCAACAAUCUCGAAAGAGCCAAGGAGGUCAUAGAAGAAAGGUCUCAUUCCCCGAACAUAUCAGAGAAAUGCAUACGUCUGAGAGCUUCCAAAGCCUAGAUACGAUUAAUAGUACGAGUAGCACUUCCUCGACCAACAAACAAAGAAGCAGUCAAGAGACCCUGCCUCGUUCGCCUUCUCCUGCUUUUCGAUCUAUGCUUAACCAAUCUUCAAAAACUGAGGCACAUCCUAAUGCACUGAAAAACAUCAAGAACUAUCCUCUCCUACUGGCUUCUUUGACCGAGGCUGCCAACCACCUUGAAGAGAGUAAAUCAAAUCUUUAUCGAAGAUCCCUUUCUAACAUCGAUUUCAGAAAUCUUGAUCUGGAGAAGAUCUCAAAACUGUUCGGCCUGGAGGAUAUUUAAGCUGCAGUAGAAGUAAUCUGUUUCACUUGGUUAUGUACUUUGUUAAAAUUAUCUACAGAUUAUGUAAACAGCAGAAGUUUUAUAUGACAAGAAAAACAAACUUAAUUUGUUCCAUGAGAACAAAAAAACUUCAUUUUUGAUCAGCCUAACUCAUCAAUGAGUCAUAGUAGUCGUCUUUGGAUUUGCUCGUAAACCAUUUAAAACUAUUUCUCAAUGACAAUUUCAACUUACCCUCCAUUGCAUACGUAUUAUAGUUCGCACUCUUCCUCCACUCCAUCUCCGGAUUGUCCCUCCGACCUUUGAAGCUAUACGAUUUAGUGCAAUCUCCAAAGUCAAACCGUGCUUGAUUUGCGUGCAAAGACGAGUAAUCAAGGGAGUGUUUUGC